CAGCCACCGGGCUUGUGCUCUCUCCCUCACUCCGCUUUGUACCCUCCGGAGCUCGAAGAGGAGCCUCUUCGAAGAAGGAAGGGCGGAGAAUCGCAGUCGCAGAUCGAAACAAACUGCUCGCCUUGGGGACGGAAAUCCGACCGUGGGAUCCCGCAAUCCGACGGACAUGGGGCUCUCCAGCCUGCCGACCCCAUCCGAGAGCGUGCUCACUCUCGUUCUCGUCAACACCGCCAUCACCGUCUCCAUCUUGAAGGAGCUCCUCCGCUCCGCCCUCCACCUCCUCCGCCUCCGCGCCACGCCGCGGCCACAGCCGGCACUCGCCUCACCGGGGCCGCCGGAGCCCAGCCUCGCCGACCGGUUCCGCAGCCAGUCCAGUCCGAUGCGGUUCGGGUCCGCGCUCGGGCUCCGUCGCCCCGCUUCCGCGGACUGCCGGGUCUGCCUCGCCCGCUUCGACGCCGAGUCGGUGGUGAACCGGCUCCCUUGUGGGCACCUUUUCCACGCCGCCUGCCUGGAGACGUGGCUCGACUAUAGACAUACCACGUGUCCACUCUGUAGGACCCACGUCCUCCAGGAAGAGCGCCCCGCCGUCCCCUCCUCGUCCCUUUUGUCUUGGCUUUAGCUCCGCAAGUUUGGUGAGGCGACCACUGAAAACCUCCUCUCCUCUUUUAUCUUUUGUUUUCCCUGUAAAUAUUGAGGUGGUAAUAUAUGUAUUUC